UUGAGGACAGUAAGCCUCAGACUUAAGUCCAGUCUUAACGACAACAUGUACCGGUACCUAACGAACAAACGUUUACUGAUGCUUUUGGCGUUGUUUGUUUUUAUCAGCACUACAUUUGAUCUAGUCAGUGCUCUAAGUCCGCCUUGUACAUCAGUAGGAUUAUGUCCAUUGCCAAGUGGUCUAACAGGAAGCGGGUUGGAAAAUGGUGUUGUAAAUCCAUGGCCGCCGGCCAAGGACACUGGCACGUCAGAACCGUGUCUUCCUUUUGGAAAGGAUAAGAUAAGUUUUAAAUGCGAUGAUGGAUUUCGUUUGCAGACAAGCAAAAUAGAAUUAUUUUGUGACCUGCUUUCUGAUUGGAACCUAGAUGCGCCAACUUGUGUUGAAAAUGUCCCAGCCGCAGGCCUGUCCUCUGCAACAGAGGCACAGCUACCACCAUGUGCCAAGUGUUCAGGUAAGUAGAUUUGAAAA